CGAUAAGAUAAGAAUAGGGCGGGAUAGCGGACAUAGAGUUAAAGUUGACCCCUGUUCGAGGAGGCGGUCCUGGGACGCUGACAUCCAAGAGAACCGUGCCACUGCUGGAUUGGCUGCCUCCUUUCAUUGACCAGUUUUGGCAAGACGCAAAGAGAGAAUACCGACAGAUCCUUGUUGAUUUCUGAAUGCUUUAAAACAAAUUUGCAAACAAGUACUUCAUAACCACCAUCACUGAACAAGACAAAGCUGUCGUUCAUUGCCAUUCCACCAGUUGGAGAAAGUGUGUCAGCUUCCAAUACGUCGAUAGCUCCACGACUUCCCACCUAGCUUACCAAAGCAUCAAUUGGGACAGAUUGACUGCGCUGAUCACAACUGAACACGCAACGAACAACCCACGGAUUGGCAAAGGACAAUAUAUCGUGGACGCCUACACUCAACAUACGUACAAGAUGGGCCAGAGCGUGUCGUGGCUGUCGGGCCUGCUGUGGGCCAAGAAGGAGAUUAGAAUACUGAUUCUAGGCCUGGACAAUGCCGGCAAGACGACGUUACUAUACAGACUCAAGAUUGGGGAGGUAGUCACAACAAUUCCCACAAUCGGUUUCAAUGUCGAGUCUGUAACGUACAAGAACCUUAACUUCAAUGUGUGGGAUCUGGGUGGCCAAACUUCGAUUCGCCCGUACUGGCGCUGUUACUAUGCCAAUACAGCUGCAGUCAUAUUCGUCGUCGACAGCACCGAUAUCGAGCGCUUGCAGACAGCAGCCGAAGAAUUGGGCGCCAUGCUUAAUGAGGAUGAGCUCAAGGAUGCCGCGCUACUCGUGUUCGCGAACAAGCAAGACCAGCCAGGUGCAAAGGGGGCUGGUGAGAUAUCCGAAGCAUUGCGCCUGGGCGAGCUGAGGGAUCGAAAUUGGAGCAUUGUUGCUUGUAGUGCUGUGGAUGGUAGUGGUGUUAGUGAGGGUAUGGAUUGGUUGACGCAAACGGUUUCGCAAGAGUAAUGGCAGCUGUAACUAGACAAGUUGCGGAUGAUGUACAAUCCAAGACGCUAUUCUUGUACACCACCUCACCACCAUUACCAUCACCAUUCACUUUCCGAUAUUACCUCCGAAACUCUUGGUUAGAUAGGGAAACAGACCAUGAUGGCACCUAGGAGAUUGUCACCGGCAGCGGUGGCAGGGGCGUGGCAGAGCUAUUCAAGCACAGGCGUUCUCAGGGAGUUUUCAGGGGUACAAGGUUGGCGUGAACAAUCCCGCCACUAUCUUGUGUGAUGUGGACGGAACGCUUACUUAUUGAGUGAGUGACAUAUAUCUUCGUCUCCUGCAUGAGCAUGUCUUAUAUGGUAUUGCUAUGGAUAAGGUUCUCAGCUUUGUGACAAAGUAUAUGAGUGAGCUAGGAAGGCUGAUAAAACACAACGUACGUAUAACGGAGAGAAAUAUCAAGUUCGAUUGCUAGUAGAACAAACAAUAGUCGGCCGCUCAGUCCAUAACCGUAGG